CUAGAGCUUCACGCAUCGGCCACCUCUGAUCUUGAAGAGCUGGAACCACAAAUCAACUUUUCCUUUAAAAGAUUAUCAAAAAGUUUAUUUCUCAACGGAAGAGUCUUUCUAAUCAUUCACUAAAUUUGAUACCCUUAAAAUCUUUCGGAUUCCUCAUUUCUGAGUCUUCAAUUAUUACUCACAAUAAGUGAUUCGCAUUUGAUUCAAAGCUUAUAUCUAUCUACCUACAGAAAGCCACCAAAAAUCAUCCUUGGUGGGGUUAAAGCAACGACAACGGAACGAUUACCCCGAGUCAACAUACAACCAUUCAACAUCAUUGGAAUACUUCACAAACAACGCCAUGAAUCGUUAUGAUGACGGCGAGCUAGAAAUAUCUCUGGCACCUUCCGCAAAUCAUCGCACACAACAUAGAUCCUCGGAAGCCAGUUCCAACCCCCGUCGGGAUUCACAAAAUGGAGGGAAUAGGAGGAUGGAAUCUGCUCCGCAGAAGAAAACUGAGCAGCGUGUGGGCGCAUACUCGGUCGUUCGUACACUUGGAGAGGGUUCUUUUGGAAAGGUGAAGUUGGCUGUUCAUCGGGUUACACAGCAACAGGUUGCGCUGAAGAUUAUUGCGAGGAGGAAGUUGAUUAGUCGUGAUAUGGCUGGCAGGGUCGAGAGGGAGAUCGAAUAUCUUCAACUUUUGAGACAUCCCCAUAUUAUCAAAUUGUGAGAAUGCUCCUUUCUUAAGUUUAUCUAUUUAGUAGCUAACUCUGUAUCGCUAGAUAUACAGUCAUUAAGACUCCACACGAGAUUAUUAUGGUUCUUGAAUAUGCCGGGAAUGAAUUAUUCGAUUACAUUGUACAACAUGGAAAGAUGAGAGAAGAUGAAGCAAGACGGUUUUUUCAACAGAUUAUUUGCGCAGUCGAAUAUUGUCAUAGACAUAAGAUCGUACAUCGAGAUUUGAAACCAGAGAAUCUUCUCCUCGAUGAGAAUCUCAAUGUCAAAAUUGCCGAUUUCGGACUUAGUAAUAUCAUGACGGAUGGAAAUUUCCUCAAGACAAGUUGCGGAAGUCCGAAUUAUGCAGCACCAGAGGUCAUCAACGGAAAGUUAUACGCUGGUCCGGAGGUCGAUGUUUGGAGUUGUGGUGUUAUAUUGUAUGUUUUACUUGUGGGAAGAUUACCUUUCGAUGACGAACAUAUUCCUUCUCUGUUUGCAAAAAUUGCUAGGGGUCAAUAUAAUGUUCCGAGUUAUAUGGGUCGUGAAGCGGCUGCUUUGAUCAAGAAGAUGUUGGCAGUCAAUCCGGUCUAUAGAGCUACUAUUGCGGAAAUCCGAGAUGAUCCAUGGUUUACCACAAAUUUACCUGCUUAUUUGCAACCUCCGGUGGAAGAAUUUAUUGAUACCGGAGUCGAUCCAGCAAAAGCUAUUAAUCCUCGAUCCAUAGCGCCUCAUGCUAGUCCCGCUGUUCAAGAGAAAUUGCAUGUGCAAGUUACUGAAAAGAUCAGUAAGACUAUGGGUUAUGGUAUUAAGGAUGUCCAAGAGGCAUUGGCUGCAGAAGAACCUUCGGCCAUUAAAGAUGCAUAUCUUAUUGUUCGAGAGAAUAAAUUGAUGCAAGCUAAUCGUAGGUGUUCCAUUUCCUUUAUGAUUUUCAUUUAUGGAUUUAAAUUAACAGUUACAGCAAAUCUCACGGAUGAUAAAAAUCAACUUCUUUUUCAAAUUCCUUCGCCUCCAACUUAUGACUCAACAAUUCCUCCAUCAAUGCCUGAUUCGCCUUCACCUCUUGUCAAGGAACGACCCGGUAAUAUUCCACCAACAGUCUCACCAUUUCAACCUCGACCUAGCCCCCUUCUCGAUGCCGUAUCACCUAGAUCUAGUAGUUCAAUUGGAACUGAUAGAUCAUUUGUUCGACCAUAUGUUAGCAAAAUAGGAAUCUUACCAAGCAGUAUUCCACAGUACCAUAACGAGUUCAUGGAAACACAUAAAUCUGGUCAUCAGGAGAGUACUCUAUCAAAUUCUCAUUCAGAGACAAUCGAACCUUCACCUCAGACUGAAGCGGAAAAAGCGGAGACAGUUCGACGAUUAAAUCCACAUUCUAGGAGUUUAGCUAAACUUGAUGAAGGCAAGAAACCAGCUGGUAUGACUCCAGUUCCUGUAAAGAAGGCAAAACCUACCAAGUGGCAAUUUGGAAUUCGUUCACGGAAUCAACCUCUUGAAGCAAUUGGAUGCAUUUAUAGAGCUCUUCAAAAGCUUGGUGCUGAAUGGUUAGUGGGAGAUGAAUGGACACCUGGUCAAAGUGAAAAUAUUGGGAACAAAAGGAAUGAUGAUAAUGAUGAUAACGAUGAUCCAAAUGGGAGUGGUGCUUCUUUGCAUCGUGAAACUUCUAUGAAUGACAACACGUCAAAGAAAAAUAGGUUCAGUGGUAUUGAUAAGAAAGGCAACUAUAAGUUACCAGAAGAUCCAUGGGUCUUACAUGUCCGUUGGAAGAAAACUGGUAAGUGAUCUCAUGGCCACAUUAAGAAUUUCUUUUUAACCUUAAACAGAUAUCCGACGUCAUUCCAUUGCCUCCUUAAAUAGUUCAACGUCUAGUCCAGCACAUCCAUCAUCGAUGCCCAAAGAUGAUGGAUUAGAUUCUAUCGAUGGAGGAGUCAUCAUGCAUCUCGACAUUCAACUUUACGAAAUGGAACCAGGUGUAUAUCUUGUGGAUUUCAAAUGCGCAGGCUACGAAACAGCAGAUGGUAUGAUGUGUGAGGAGAAAGAUGUUACUAGUCCUUUUCCUUUCUUGGAUUUGGCAAGUAAAUUAAUUAUUCAAUUGGCAGAAGCUGAUUAAUGGUCUUUUUCUCUCUCUCGGUAAUUAACCUUAUUUAAAUGGUUGAGUUGAUUUUGUCGUAUUGUUUGGCUUGAUGAUGAUAUUCUUUUUUUUUUUCUCGUGAAAGAGUGAAAGAUAAGAUGAGAUUUGAUGAUUUGGCUGGUAAUUCAUGAUGAUCGAUGGAUUUUUUUCUAUGAUUAUAUUUUAUUUUAUUUGGCGGAGUGAGGAUAGGAUAGGAUGGUAACGGGAAUGGGAACGUGGGUGGGUAGGAAUAGGGAUGGGAUAUGGUGCGGAUUCGGUUUGGAAGGAUGGAUGCAUGGA